CACAUCAUCAACUCUAAAACCAUGUCUCAAACAACCUCCGUCCCCGAAAUCCUCUCCUCAUUCACCGAAAAAUGGUCCCCACGCCUCAUCGCAUCCGUCAACGACCAUCACGUCAAAGUCGCCAAGAUCGACGGUUCAUUUAUCUGGCAUGCUCAUCCAGACUCUGAAGAGCUCUUUUAUCUACUCUCUGGAAAAUUGACGAUGGAGAUUCAAGGCGAAGAGCCUGUUGUUAUGAAGGAGGGGGAUAUGUAUGUCGUGCCAAAGGGAGUCACGCAUAAGCCUGUAGCGGAGAAUGCUGUUAUCAUGAUGGUAGAAAGGGAGGGGACUGUCAAUACGGGAGAUCAGACGGACUCCGAGAGGACGAAGCAAGUUAAGGAUGUGAGGGGGGAUUUAUGAGUAAGUUUCAGUGCUGGCCAAGAAUAUAUGAUAGGCAAGAGGCGAUGGAAAUUCGGUUAUAUAUUAUGACAAAU